GCAGCGGCCGGUGACACGUUUCCAUGGGAGAGCGGGGCGCGUGGCACCGCGGGGGGGCGGGGAGCGCGGCCGGCCCUUAAAGGGGCCGCACCCGCCGCGGGGGCAGAAGCAGCGCGGCGGCGGGAGGCGGCUGGAGCGGCGGGGAACCAUGGCAGAGAAGAUUCUGGUGACCGGCGGAGCUGGCUACAUCGGCAGUCACUGUGUGCUGGAGCUGGUGGAGGCUGGCUAUGUCCCUGUGGUCAUAGACAACUUUCACAAUGCCAUCCGAGGGGCAGACGCGCUCCCUGAGAGCCUCCGGCGUGUGCAGGAGAUCGUGCACCAGCCCAUCCUCUUCCAGGAGCUGGACAUCACCGACGAGGCAGCGCUGCAGGAGCUCUUCAGUAAGCACCGUUUCGCAGCCGUGAUGCACUUUGCGGGGCUGAAGGCAGUGGGGGAGUCUGUGCAGAAGCCCCUGGAGUACUACAGGGUGAACCUCACUGGGACCAUCCGGCUGCUGGAGACCAUGAAAGCCCACGGCGUGAAGAACAUCGUGUUCAGCAGCUCUGCCACCGUCUAUGGAGACCCCAGGUACCUGCCCCUGGAUGAGAACCACCCGGUCGGAGGCUGCACCAACCCUUACGGCAAAUCCAAGUACUUCAUCGAGGAGAUGAUUCGAGAUCUCUGCAAAGCAGAGAGGGACUGGAAUGCCAUUCUCCUGCGCUACUUCAACCCUAUCGGUGCCCACGAGUCGGGCAUGAUUGGAGAAGAUCCUCAGGGGAUCCCGAACAACCUCAUGCCUUACGUGGCCCAGGUGGCAGUGGGGCGCCGGGAAUUCCUGAGUGUGUUCGGGAAUGACUACAAGACAGACGACGGAACGGGUGUCAGGGAUUACAUCCAUGUUGUGGAUCUGGCCAAGGGCCAUAUCGCUGCUUUGAAGAAGCUCAAGGAGAACUGUGGCUGCAAGAUCUACAAUCUGGGCACAGGUACUGGCUACUCUGUCCUGCAGAUGGUCCAGGCCAUGGAGAAAGCCUCGGGGAGGAAGAUCAAGUACAAGAUCACAAGCCGGCGGGAGGGAGAUGUGGCCUCCUGCUAUGCCAACCCGGCGCUGGCCGAGCGCGAGCUGGGCUGGAAAGCUGCCUUUGGCCUGGACAAGAUGUGUGAGGACCUGUGGCGCUGGCAGCUGCAGAAUCCCACAGGCUUCAGCAAGAACUGAGCUGUGGCCCGAGGGCUCGCCUGGCUGCCAUGGGUGGCUUGGGACCAGCCCCACCUGCCUCCCAGCGAGGCUGCCACCAUCCUGGGUGCAAUUCCAGCUCCCCCUCCUGCUUCUCGCAUGGGGCAGGAAGGCAGGAGCAUCCCCAGCCUCUCCACUCCUCAUCCUCAACCCCCCAGGUUCUUUGCAACUCACAGAGCAGAAACACAAGGAAGAACAGAGCCAGGGCCCGGCUUUGGGACCCAGGGCAUGAAAUCCCGUCAGGGAACUGUACAGGGGCUGGUGACAGCCCCAGCAGGGAGAAGGUGCUUGGCUGGGCCCUGUGGCUACUGCUGGAGCUGCUCCUGGGCUCUCCCUGGGCCCUGGGAAGUGGCCGCAUCCAGCGCUUAAACACUUGAGUCCUGUUGAGCCGAAACUGCAGAGGAAACCGCACCUUCUCUGCUGCACCGGGCCCCCAACCCACCCAGACUGGGAAGUGGGGGAGCUUCCCACUCUUGGAGAAAGGCCGGGUACCUGCUGCCCCCUGCCCUGGGUAUGGAGGCGGCUGCUGAGCCCCUACCUCAGGCCCCAGGAACCCCCAGGCCAGGGUGCCACGUCUUCCUCCCACUCCCACAGGGACCAGUCACAGCCCGAGGCUCGUUUCCCUCCAGGGAUGGCUGCCAGCAGCUGCCCCCCAUACUGUUUCCCCUGGCCCCUAGUGCAGUUUUGGGGACCAAGCCUCAUGUCCCGCUGCGCCGGAGGAGCCCCUGCCCACGGCUGUGCCAGCCCUGGGCACGGCCAGCCUCGCCCGGCUGCACGCAGCCCCCCCUGCUGCCGUUUGAUGGGGCCGGUGCCUGGUUUUGCUUCCACGUUGCCUGUGGCAGCCGCUUCCCUAAUCACAUUGCCAAAGGCUGCCCAGGAGAAGGCUCUGCUCAGCUGUCAAAUACUGGUCCUAUUUAUUACUGGCAGCUCUAACGGCUUCGUUAGGCAGUGCUGACGCAGUCAGCCCAGUCUGCUGUCAGUUGGAUUAAUAACUUAUGCUACUAAAUUAUGAAUUGAGCUUUUGAUUUGUUUUUAAAUAAACUUUCUUACUUUCUAAGUGGCAGCUCUGUUCUGCUUUCCCUCAGCUGGAGCUGCUGCCCCCA